UCCUUUUCCCAAAACAAGUUCCUGUCUACCAUCAGCAUCUCCAAAAUUUGAAGAUCAAGUGUGGUGUUGACUCAUUAACUAAUGACUAGACUUUGAGCAGUUGUGGAACCAAAAUCUGAAAGUUGUCUUUGGUUCAGAGAAGUCUUCAGACCUAGAAAGGACUUGAGGAGUCCCAGAGAGGAGCCGCGUGGUGUGAACCAUUUGAGUCUCACAACAGAACGGAUAAGAACAGUUUGAGCCAUGAAACCAUGCAGAUGUUCAUAUUUUGGAUAGGGUAAGGUAUGUAUUGGGUGGAGGAGCAUUAUGUAUGGAACCUCUCACAAAACAGCUCCUACUUUCAAGAAUGAAAAAGAUAUCCCAGCAGUUUGGGAGGCUGAGGCGGGUGGAUCACAAGAUCAGGAGAUCGAGACCAUCCUGGCUAACACGGUGAAACCCCGUCUCUACUAAAAAAUACAAAAAAAUAGCUGGGCGUGAUGGCGGGCGCCUGUAGUCCCAGCUACUUGGGAGGCUGAGGCAGGAGAAUGGCCUGAACCCGGGAGGCAGAGCUUGCAGUGAGCUGAGAUGGCGCCACCGCACUCCAGCCUGGGUGACAGAGCGAGACUCCAUCUCAAAAAAAAAAAAAGAAUGAAAAAGGGCUGAAGCAGUGCCUACUCGAUAGAAUCAGUCAUCAUGCAAAUAAAUGCCACCUGAGUCAAAGGCAAAGCCAGCGUGCAGCUUGGAGCAAAGAAGGUGGCAUUUUUCAACUCUGCUGGAGCCAGUGCCCUGGAGGAGCAAAGGGUGUGCUGCCAGCGCCUGGCUCACCCAGUGGCCUCGUCCCAGAAAAAGCCAGAGGCAGCGGCCCCAGCCCCAGAGACUGGGGGUGAAUCUGUGUGUGGGGAGACCCACUGGGCCCUGCAGGGGGCCAUGGAGAAGCUGCAGUGACUUUAUGGAAGGACAAGGUGGACCUGAAAGAGAAAGUACAUCAGCCAGGGGGCAGUGCCAAAGACGCAGCACUGGGAGAGGAGGACAUCGUCAGGCUGGCCCAGGACCAGGAGGAGAUGAAGGUGAACCUGCUGGAGCUGCAGGGGCAGGUGUUGCAGCUUGUGGGCGACUACAAAGAGGGGCAUGGCAAAUUCUGACCAUUGCCCAGAACCCUGCUGAUGAGCCUGCUCUAGGAGCCCCAGUAGCCCAGGAGCUUGAGUGUGCGGACAAGAAGGGUGGCUUUUAUCCUAGAAAACCACUGGAUGGCUGACAGAUAGAGGACGUGGGACCCUGACUAUCACCCCUAAUCUGCAGUGGAUUUGGCUGUUGGUACUCCCAGGCUGGGAGCUGGAUACCCUGCCCUGGCAGCAUG